UUCUUUUUCCUCUUUUUUUAGUGGGUCGGCAUGCGUGCCAAAUGCCCGAAGCGGAUAAUGAGCAGAAGACCGGCGGUCAUGUGGCAGACUAAUGGGAGUCAGGAGACUUGAGGUCCCCGCGCUGCUUCAUCACUGCGAGAGGAGGCUUUUGCGUCGCGAGUCUCCUUCCUCUUUAACGAUGGUUACAUUUGUUUCGGCGUCCGGCACGUGGGAGCAGAUCUCCGCAUGCGUGAUUACACAAACCGGUCGGACGUGUUCUUUUAUUCUACCUUUACGUUGCCAAACCCCCCCUCCUCCCCCCUCCUCCUCUGGAAGCCGGCCAGGCGGAGGGAUGAGGAGGGGGCGGGGUUAAUUUGGAAAAGUGGGCGGUCUCUUUCCCACGACGGCCAUUCAGGAACCCGGAGGAGGUGGAGAGAGGGGGGGGGGGAGCCCCGCAUCUCGUUAUGUCCAUCAACUUAGGAAGGCAUCGCACGUCCUGCAGGAGAUCGCCCCGUCGGAGCGAGCGCGCGCGCCUCGAGAUGGCCCCGGUGAGCGUCAGGAGCGUGUUGAUCAGCGAGAGCGUGGACCCGUGCUGCAGGCAGAUCCUGGAGGGCCACGGCAUCCGCGUGACGGAGAAGGCCAACUUGAGCCGGGAGGAGCUGAUGGGGGAGAUGAAGAACCACGACGGCCUAGUCGUCAGAUCUGCGACAAAGGUCACGGCGGAUAUCAUCAAUGCCGCCGGUAAUCUUAAAAUCAUCGGAAGGGCCGGGACCGGCGUGGACAACGUGGACGUCGACGCGGCCACCAAAAAGGGCAUCAUUGUCAUGAAUACACCGAGCGGCAACACCAUCAGUGCCGCCGAGCUGACGUGUGCCCUGCUGAUGAGUCUCUCACGGCAUGUGCCUCAAGCUGCCAUGUCCAUGAGGGCAGGGAACUGGGAUCGCAAAAAGUUCAUGGGUGCGGAGCUGUACGGAAAAGUACUCGGAAUAAUUGGACUCGGAAGAAUAGGAAAGGAGGUCGCCACCAGAAUGCAGUCGUUCGGCAUGAAGACCAUUGGUUAUGAUCCCAUUACUCCACCCGAGGUGUCGGCCGGCUGGGGGGUUGAACAGAUGUCCCUGGAGCAGCUGUGGCCCCAGUGUGACUACAUCACUGUCCACACACCGCUAAUGCCCUCCACAGCUGGCCUACUCGGUGACGCCACGUUUGCCAAGUGCAAGAGAGGAGUGAAGGUUGUGAACUGUGCGCGUGGGGGCAUCAUUGACGAGGCUGCUCUCUUCAGAGCGUUGGAGUCGGGACAGUGUGGAGGAGCGGGCCUUGACGUCUUCGUCGAGGAGCCGCCCAAAGACCGCUCGCUGGUGAACCAUCCCAAUGUCAUCAGCUGUCCUCAUCUGGGCGCCAGCACUAAAGAGGCUCAGGCCCGUUGUGGACAGGACAUCGCCCUGCAGAUUGUGGACAUGGUGAAAGGAAAGGGCCUCGUUGGAGCAGUGAACGCACAGGUUUUGGUAAGUGCCUUCUCCCCAGAAUCUCAUCAAUGGAUCAAACUUGGAGAGGCCAUCGGAGCCGUGCUGCAGUCCUGCACUAUCUCUAAACAACCGUUCAGCCAGGUCCAGAUCACCACUCGAGGGGAUUGCUUGAAGCAUUCUACUGGAUACAUCGCCUCGGCGGUAAUGGUUGGGCUUCUCACCUCUGGAUCCAGUGGUUGCCCCAACCUUGUCAAUGCUCUUGCCCUGGCCAAGGAGUCUGGAGUUAAGGUGAACCAGCACCACGACCAGUCGGAGGGGGCUGUCCACGGUUUGUGUGAUGUGGAAAUCUCAGUCAAUGGCUCCAGCUACAAAGCCAGUGGUUCUGUUCAAGCAGGGGUGCCAGUCCUGUUGGAGCUGAGUGGCAAUGUUUUCCGGCAGCCGGUGUCACUCUCAGGAAACCUGCUCUUCAUUAGGGCCUCGGCCAGUCCUCAGCUGCUGCCCUCUCUGACCGGGCUGCUGGCCGCGGCGGGAGUGGAGAUGGAGUCGUUCAGCGCCCCUGCAGCCAGGGCCGGAGAUCUGUGGUAUUGUGUUGGGCUGUCCGCUCUCCUCCAAGACCUUGGGGCCUUGAAGCCUUUGGUCAAGGAGGCAGCCCAGCUCGCCAUCUGAGCGAGCGCCGCGGCACUGGCACAGUGCUCGAGUAGCGUUCAGUAUCUCAGAUCCCGAACGUUCCAGAUUAUCUGUCGUUCCGAGGAUCUGGUCUAGUCCUAGCGUUUUGAAUACUUAUAGUUUACGAUAUGUGUAGAAGCCGAAUACUUCCAGUUUACAUUCCCCGGCCUGACUGCCUAACAUAAUGUACCUAACAUAAAGCCCGGAUGUUUUCUAUGUGCUUUCUUGAACUAAACUUCUCAAAUAAACACUUA